AUGUCUGACAUGACACAUCGCCACCUGCGGCACAAGCUACAAAGUCUUAGUAGACGGCUUGAUGAAUUGGAGGAAGCUACUAAUAAGCUGCAGAAGUCCGAAGAUGAGUUGCUCGACAUUCAGGACAAGAUCAUCCAAGCAGAAGGCAGCAAUUCAUCCUUGCUUGCUGAUGUCGAAGCCCUGAGGAAACGACUCUUGAAAAUCCAAGGUAAAGAUGAGGAGGUACGCAAAGCAGAAGACCUCUGCCGUACAGUCCGAGAGAAACUGGAGGAGGAAGAAAACCUAACAAUGGAGCUGAAGGCUGAGAUUGAACAUUUACAGCGGAGGAUGUCAGAACUGGAAAAACUGGAAGAAGCCUUUGGGAAAAGCAAAUCAGACUGUAGCCAGCUCUGCCUCAGCCUCAAUGAAGAGAAAAACUUAACCAGGAAGCUCUCAACCGAGUUGGAGGCCCUCAAAGCUCGUCUAAAGGAAAUGGAGGGAUCUGAGGGAAAACUGGACAAAGCAGAGCAAGCUUUAGCAGCGGACCUUGAAAAGCUAAAGGGAUUCUGCCAGACCUUUGAGAAUGAGCAUAAGAGGGUACGAGAGAAACAAAGAGAAGAUGAGAAGAUCAUUCUAAAGCUCACAGAGAAACUAGAGCGCCUUGGUAUGUCUGUAGACCCUGGUCGUGCAGACUUCAUGAGGUCAAGAAUUGAAGAGGAGCUGUCUUCCACUGGUAUCCACACUGGUAAUUUAGCUGGGCGUAAGAAAGGCCUCGAUUACAACUUUGGCCUGCUGAAUAAAUCGGAGAACCAGAAGAACAGUGGCCUUGCAGGCUCACCUGAGGAGGACAACAAAGUAAAGGAGUUGACACAGGAAGUGGAACGGCUGAAAAACCGCCUCAAACAGCUGGAGAUUGUAGAGGAUGACUUGAAAAAAUCUGAGUCAAAAAAUGGUGAGCUUCACGAAAAGUUCCAGAUGGAACGCAAUCGGACUCGCCAGCUAAGCGAGCAGGUGGAACAGCUCAAGACGCAGCUGUGCAGUAAAGGUGGGAUCGGAGGAAACGGAUCCAGCAGUGUGGAUAAGCAAGGCAACGGAAGUGCUAACAUCUGCCCCAACAGCCCUGCCAAGCAUCUGGAGAAUGGCAAAGCUGAGAAUGAAGAGAUUGUAAAGGGAGGUUUCAGGCAAGAGAAGCCCAAGUUUCGUAGUGCUGCAUCUGUCACAGAGCCGAGCUCGCCUAAGCACAGGAUCAGGGAUCUGUCUCCACAGCACAAGAGAGAAAACAAACUGAGGAUGAAAGAGUUUAGCAACUCAGAGGAAAGUUCUGCAACGUCCGUCAAGAGAACUGUCAGUCCUGCACAUAGAAGUAGGAGGAUACCUAAAACCCCAAAUACUCUUGUUUCAUCAGAUAAUGGAAUAAAAGAGACGAGCAGAGGAACUGAAGAAAGAGCAUACAAGGGAGCCACGUAUAGUCCUUUAAAUACACCCUCCAGCGAAUUUAAAAAGGUGUCUGUUCUCAGUCGCUAUCCCCCAGCGGCUAACGACCAGAAGCCCCUUAGAACAACUCACAGGCAGAGUGACGGGGAGACCAAAAAGAGCACAGUAGGAAAGAUUUCUAAAAUAUACGGAGGCAGUGACAGUGAAUCAAACAACUCAGAUGUUGUACCUGACAGCAAUACCACUGGACCAGAGAAGGACACAGAGCUCACCUCAGACCAGGAAUCAAUAGAUCCAUCUCAAGAUUCAAUGUCUGUCACCUCCAGCCUGUCGAAGGCUAAUGGAUCAUACAAAGCGUACAGAUCCAAUGUCAAUCAACUGCUGCCAAAUGACCAGGGGUCUGAAGGUCAUUCCUCUGCUUCAGAAACCGAGUCUACCGGCUCAAGGCCCUCAGAACCAGAGACUGUAAAUGAAAUGACUACUACAACCCAGAGCAGUUGGACUGCAACCUCUAGAUAUUCUAGAUAUUCCCAUAUCAAGGACUCUCAUUCAGAGGGUUCUUCCUCCAGGAGCUCAUUCGAUGAAGAGCUCCACAACAGAGGUACUGGUAACACUUCAUCUGGGCUUGAAAUUCAGCGGGUUCUCAGCCCGCGUGAAGCCCGGACGUCAAAGGCUGUCAUCAAACCUGCUAUUAUUGAAAUCGACAAGAAAGAAAUGAUGAUUUCAGAACCCUUGUCAGCUAAUGGCAAGCCCAGAAUAUCCACCAAACCCAUUUUGACCAACACCAAUAAAAUGACCAGCAGUAUAACAUUCUACCCCAACGACGCUAGCUCUUCCAGAACCAGCAGCCGCAGCAGCAGUGUAUCCAGUGAGCCCUUGUCCACCAAGGAACGCCACACAUCUACCAGUAACUUUCUCAUAAGCCCUAGUAGUGAACACCUUGGCAGUGUCUCAAUCCCUUACGAAAUCUCCAUCCCGAAGAGCGAUAUCACAAAGCGGCCAAGUCAUGACCAGGACUAUGGAGCAGAUAACCACAAUGAUUACUCAUCCAAGUCCAGGCUCCACAGCACCUCCCGAGUGGAGAAAGCCACGAGGCACACAGGCUACCAACGCAGCAACUUAAGCCACAAAUCACCAGACACCAACUCUGCUGACCACAACGACAUGGAUUCGGCCUUCGAAAGAUCGACUAGUCCCACCACCUACACCAGCUGGCAAAACCAAAAUCAUAGGCAGCACUCCCAGGAAGAACAUUUACCAGACACGAAGAAUGUAACUAUGAGAAGCACCUGGAAGAACAAAAGCGUUGCAUCUGAUGAGAAGAGUAGACGAAGAGCGGGGGUUAGGGGGAUUACGGAUAGGGGUUCUGAGGAUGAGCUGGAAACCUCAAAAACAUGGAAAGCGUAUCUGGCAACAACGGUCGUCUCUGAGGAAUCUCAGAGCCAUGGACUGAGGACUGAUGGGAUUGUGUCUGCUGCAAGGGGAGCCAAGCCAACCUCUGACGAUAUAUACAUGCGGGCCAUUGACAAAGAACCUGAGGAAUCAGUGCUCCAUCGUGGUGGAACUGCAAAGUCUGUGUCCCUGGAAGCUGGAGCCCUGGGAAGGACUGUGCCUCAUGCACCUGUCACCUCUCAGUCCUGGAACCGCGCCUACUCUCAACGAUCACAGGUUUCAAAUACGGAAAAUGUCUCAUGGAAACAGCAAUCCUCCGCCACAAAUUCCGUCCCCCUGGAAAGCACCUACGAGCGUACGGCCAAAACCACGGGGGUGUCGUCCAAAGGGGAGCUGUGGUCCAGUCGGGGUCAGACGUCGGGAAAGAGCGGCGCGGGUAGCCGGGUGUGGACCCAUCGCCAGGCUCAGCAUCAUUAG